GUGAGCCUCACCUCCACAUUUUUAUAUGCUCGCCAUGGAAUGGAGACCACCGCAGCUGCGCCACUGUCUCGUAGCUUUAAUCACUGUCUUCUCGCCGAUCUCUCUUUAUUUCUUUCUCCUCCAAGCUUUUCUCUUUCUCUUUCCCCUGUGGUGGUGGCGCCUGCGUCCGCGUCCGGCGGCAAGUGCGAAAGCUGCCAACUUUUCUGCUUGGUUUGUCCCCUUCUCCAACCAGAGCUACUACUUCAUCGCAAGUUCGCAGUCGGACUCUCCAACUUCGCAGCACUCCUUUAUCUCGUCCCCUCUUCCCAAAUCGAUCUUCUACCCAUCGGUUGCUAGAUUGUAGAUUCAGAUUUGUGUGUUACCUUGUUCGUUGUUCUUGCCAUGGGCAUGUAUGUUUGUUUCAAGAUUCUAGCUUUUUAGCUGUGAGGCACUGAGAUGAAUCCACUGACUGAAUGUGUGUACAAUUAUUGGGCCGUGGCAGGUGAGGUGCUGCUGGUAUGCAGGAGCUUGUUAGGGAUCAAUUAUCGUACGAGCAGAGCAGCGGCACACUGCAGUUCUUGCCCCAAGCAGCAGUGCCCAAUCUUGCCCGGUAGAAGGGUGCGUGAGUGCGGAGCUGCUUCGAAUCUUGGGGGGCGUGGUGAAGGCGCGCGGCCAUGCCGGAGUCCUGGAGACCGGCGGAGGCGAAUGCCUCCCCGCCGUCGGCGGCUCAGAGCCCGGGCGAUGUCAAGGGGCGCGAGGCGUGCGAGCCUCCGGGCGGCGGCGCGAUGCCGCGGGUGCCGUUCCACAGGCUGUUCGCGUUCGCGGACUCCACGGACGCGGCGCUGAUGCUGCUGGGCGCGCUCGGCGCCGUGGCCAACGGGGCCGCGAUGCCGUUCAUGACCGUGCUCUUUGGCAACCUCAUCGACGCCUUCGGCGGGGCGCUCGGCAUCCACGACGUCGUCAACCGGGUCUCCAUGGUCUCGCUCGACUUCAUCUACCUCGCCAUAGCCUCCGCCGUUGCGUCGUUCGUCCAGGUGACGUGCUGGAUGGUCACCGGCGAGCGGCAGGCGGCGCGGAUACGGAACCUGUACCUGAAGACCAUCCUGAGGCAGGAGGUCGCCUUCUUCGACAAGUACACCAACACCGGCGAGAUCGUCGGGAGGAUGUCCGGCGACACAGUGCUGAUCCAGGAUGCCAUGGGCGAGAAGGUUGGCAAGUUCAUCCAGCUGGUGGUGACAUUCUUCGGUGGCUUCAUCGUCGCCUUCGCGCAAGGCUGGCUGCUCACCCUGGUCAUGAUGGCCACCAUCCCGCCGCUCGUCCUAGCGGGCGCGGUCAUGUCGAACGUCGUGGCGAAGAUGGCGUCCCUGGGCCAGGCGGCCUACGCGGAGUCGUCGGUGGUGGUGGAGCAGACUAUCGGUUCCAUAAGAACGGUUGCAUCUUUCACCGGAGAGAAACGGGCGGUGGAUAAAUACAGCAAGUCCCUGAAGAGCGCCUACAAGUCCGGCGUCCGGGAGGGCCUCGCCGCGGGGCUCGGCAUGGGCACAGCCAUGGUGCUCCUCUUCUGCGGCUACUCGCUGGGGAUAUGGUAUGGCGCCAAGCUGAUCCUUGAGAAGGGGUACACCGGAGCCAAGGUCAUGAAUGUGAUCUUUGCAGUCCUAACCGGUUCUCUUGCUCUAGGUCAGGCGUCGCCAAGCAUGAAAGCAUUUGCAGGUGGGCAAGCAGCUGCAUACAAAAUGUUUGAGACAAUCAACAGAACACCAGAGAUCGACUCGUAUAGCACCACAGGGAGGAAGCUGGAGGACAUUCGAGGGAAUAUCGAGUUUAAGGAUGUCUAUUUCUCCUAUCCAACAAGGCCUGAUGAGCAAAUAUUCAAGGGUUUCUCUCUCACCAUACCUAGUGGCACAACGGUCGCAUUGGUAGGCCAGAGCGGGAGUGGUAAAUCCACGGUCAUCAGCCUAAUUGAAAGGUUUUACGACCCUCAACUUGGUGAUGUUCUGAUAGAUGGUGUGAAUCUCAAGGAGUUCCAGUUAAGGUGGAUCAGAAGUAAAAUUGGCCUUGUGAGCCAAGAGCCAGUCCUAUUUGCUGCCAGCAUAAAGGAAAACAUAGCUUACGGCAAAGACAAUGCGACGGAUCAGGAAAUUAGAGCUGCGGCUGAGCUUGCCAAUGCUGCCAAAUUCAUUGAUAAAAUGCCUCAGGGCUUUGAUACUUCUGUUGGUGAGCAUGGGACACAGCUUUCUGGUGGACAGAAGCAAAGAAUUGCCAUCGCAAGAGCAAUUCUGAAAGAUCCAAGAAUCCUACUAUUGGAUGAAGCUACAAGUGCUCUGGAUGCAGAGUCUGAAAGGAUUGUGCAGGAGGCUCUUGACAGGGUCAUGACAAACAGGACAACUGUCAUAGUUGCGCACCGUCUGAGUACUGUUAGAAAUGCUGAUACAAUUGCUGUCAUUCAUCAAGGAUCACUGGUUGAAAAGGGUCCACACAAUGAGCUUCUGAAGGAUCCAGAAGGAGCUUAUAGCCAGCUGAUACGGCUACAGGAAGCAAUCCGGCAGGACAAGCCUGAUCGAAAGGGUGAUUCUGGAGCUCGUUCGGGCAAACAGUCAAUAAAUAAGUCAGCUAGCCGGAGGUCAUCCCAUGAUAACAGCAGCCACCACUCUUUCUCAGUACCAUUCGGUAUGCCUCUUGGGAUCGACAUUCAGGAUGGUUCAUCUAAGGAACUUUGUGACGAGAUGCCACAGGAAGUGCCUCUCAGCCGCCUUGCAUCUCUGAACAAGCCAGAGAUACCGGUGCUCAUACUAGGUUCCAUUGCCUCGGUCGUCAGUGGAGUAAUCUUCCCAAUCUUUGCGAUACUCCUGUCAAAUGUGAUCAAAGCAUUCUAUGAGCCCCCACAUCUGCUAAGGAGGGAUUCACAGUUCUGGUCAUCCAUGUUCUUGGUGUUUGGUGCAGUGUACUUCCUGUCACUCCCUCUCAGUUCGUACCUUUUCUCUGUAGCUGGGUGCAGGCUGAUCAGAAGGAUCAGGCUGAUGACAUUUGAGAAGGUGGUAAACAUGGAGAUCGAAUGGUUCGAUCACCCAGAAAACUCAAGUGGAGCUAUUGGUGCAAGGCUAUCAGCUGAUGCAGCAAAAGUUAGAGGGCUUGUGGGUGAUGCACUUCAAUUGGUUGUGCAAAACUCUACAACCUUAGUUGCUGGUUUGGUAAUUGCCUUCGUUUCAAACUGGGAGUUAUCACUUAUCAUCUUAGCUUUAAUACCGCUCAUUGGCCUAAAUGGAUGGAUCCAGAUGAAGUUUAUUCAGGGUUUCAGUGCAGAUGCCAAGAUGAUGUAUGAGGAGGCGAGCCAAGUGGCCAAUGAUGCAGUAAGCAGUAUAAGAACAGUAGCCUCAUUCUCAGCUGAAGAAAAGGUGAUGGAUUUGUACAAGAAAAAAUGUGAAGGCCCCCUAAGAACAGGAAUCAGGACAGGGAUUAUAAGUGGAAUUGGUUUUGGCGUUUCCUUUUUCUUGCUAUUUGGGGUAUAUGCAGCUAGCUUUUAUGCUGGUGCUCGGCUUGUCGAGGAAAGGAAGACAACUUUCCCUAAAGUUUUCAGGGUUUUCCUUGCUCUUGCAAUGGCAGCAAUUGGGGUGUCACAAUCAAGUACCCUUACAUCGGAUUCUUUCAAAGCAAAAUCUGCUGCAUCUUCUAUAUUUGCAAUAGUGGACCGAAAAUCUAGGAUAGACCCAAGUGAGGAUGCAGGGGUGACUGUUGAGACACUGCAAGGAAAUAUUGAAUUCCAGCAUGUUAGCUUUAGAUAUCCGACCAGGCCAGAUGUUCAGAUUUUCCGGGACCUCUGCUUGACAAUUCAUGCUGGAAAGACUGUUGCGCUUGUAGGAGAGAGCGGUAGUGGCAAAUCGACAGCAAUUUCAUUGAUUCAGAGGUUCUACAAUCCGGAUGUAGGCCAUAUACUACUAGAUGGCGUGGACAUACAGAAGUUUCAGCUAAGAUGGCUAAGGCAACAAAUGGGCCUGGUUAGUCAAGAACCAGCUUUGUUUAACGAUACGAUACGGGCAAACAUUGCUUAUGGGAAGGAUGGACAAGCAACAGAAUCUGAGAUCAUAGCUGCUGCAGAGUUGGCAAAUGCUCACAAAUUUAUCAGUUCUUCGCUCCAGGGGUAUGACACAAUGGCUGGAGAGCGUGGAGCUCAGUUGUCAGGAGGGCAGAAGCAGCGUGUGGCGAUCGCCCGCGCAAUUGUGAAGAACCCUAGGAUCCUGCUGCUGGACGAAGCAACCAGUGCACUGGAUGCUGAAUCCGAACGGGUGGUCCAGGAUGCGCUGGACAGGGUGAUGGUGAACCGGACAACGGUGAUCGUCGCACACCGCUUAUCAACAAUACAAAAUGCGGAUUUAAUUGCGGUCGUGAGGAAUGGGGUGAUCAUUGAGAAGGGAAAGCACGAUACCUUGAUCAACAUCAAGGAUGGCGCGUACGCGUCCCUCGUCGCCCUUCACUCAGCAGGCUCUUCAUAGUGGGUGGUAGUAUGGUUCCUGCAAACGUCUACUGAACAUAUAUGAACAAAAGGGACUGGCACAUCCUGUGUAGCAAGUCAGGUGCUGGUCUCUGUUCCUCUAUUGAUGACAUACAUAAUUGCUUAUACCUAAGCGGGAAAAAUGUUACAAAUAGCAAGGGCCAAAUGUAAAUGCAACGUGCUGGUCCUUAACAAAGUAUCUGAAUUAUAAACAUAUGUAUAUGUACUUUCGAACAUAGAAACAAAGUAGAUGAUUAUUAUGAUA